AUGUCGAUGCGAUGUCGAUGGCUUUAUAUGUUUAUUCGAUGCUUCAUCGAUGCUAUUUCGAUGAUGCCACCCAAACGUAUCCCACCGCUUGAGAUCCCUAUAGAGAAUCAUUAUGUCAGUCGUAUGACUUGUAGGGGUUCUGGGAGGUUAACAAAAUUGAAGAAAAGAUUUGAGGAGCAUGGAUUAUUGGGGAGGGUGAAUGAGUCUGUUUUUGGACCAUUCUUCACAGCCCCUGCCUUUUUGUUCUCUGAGGCAUUGGUGCACACACUGUUUUUGCAGAAGGUCAAGUCUCUGCGUGGCGAUGAGGUGCACUUCUUGAUGGUCCCAAACUUAUGUAAGUUUUGGGUGCACAAGUUUUCCAUUAUCACUAGCCUGAGCUGCUUCUGUCCACCACUUGCUGUUGACAUUCAACCUCACAUUACUUCCUCCCGCCUAGUUGAUACAUAUUUUAGUGUGGAACCCGAGAAAGACAUUAGGUUUAGUAUGUUGGAACGAGCUUUUAGUAUGUGCGAUGUACCUGAUGAUUUGUACAAGCUCGAUUUGGUUUACUUUGUGGAGGGGAUACUAUUGGCUGCUGAGAACGACAAUGCUAUUUGGCGAGUUUCAUUGUCAAUGGUCGAGGAUUUAGAUUAUUUUGAGAAGUAUCCAUGGGGAUCCCUUUCAUUCAAUACAACUGUGAAACAAUUCAAUAGAGAUAUGAAAGUGAUUGGUGCUACAAUACCAGGUAAGAAGGCGAAGAAGAUCACUGAGGUGGAGUCUUCUAAGGGUGUUCAGGUGGAGGCAAAGUACACUUGCAAGGGGUAUUCACCAGCCUUGCAAUAA